AAUUGUUGCUUUCAACCUCCACACUUCCGCCAGCUGAUCCAUUUAACGAAAUUUUCAUCUUAUACCCAUUGUCAUCAUUUGUUUCACUCGCAUACACAUCUUCGAGUUCGGCUUCGGAGUCCAUAUCCUCGUUAUAAUUGUCACUAUCACCAUAAUCGUCUGCAUUAUUUAUUUUUCGGGAUCGUCGCAUUACAGACUUUAACUCCUCUUCUUUACAUCGGAUCAGGAGAUGAGACAGUUCCUGUUGAAGUCGGAGCUGUUCUUGAACACAAGCGGAAACAGCGUCAUUUGAGGUGCUCCCCGAGCGCUUAUGCUCCUCCAGUCGUCUAUCUGCCCGUUCCUUUUCUUCCUCAGCCUCACGAAGAUUUCGAGCGAGCUGACGACCCUUUUCACGUUCGUACUGAACUGUGGUUAACAGACGCUCACGUUCAGAACCCAUUUGAUCGAUCUGGGAUUUGAGGCGGUCAACCGUUGAUUGAAGUCGCUGUUUUGUCGAAGUCUCUAGUUCCAGACGACCUUCUAGCUCAUGAACCUUGGCCUUAAGAUAGACCAAUUCCAUAUCUGCAGCCCCGGCUUUCUCAGCGUUGGCAGUUGUCAAACGCUCCUGUAAAUUGGCGAUCUCCUCACGCAUAG